AUGGUAGUGGAUGAUGAGUUUGUCUUGAUCGGUUCCGCGAACAUCAACCAGAGAUCCUUGGAAGGAACAAGAGACACUGAAAUCGCCAUGGGAGGGUAUCAGCCUCACCAUUCAUGGGCUAAGAAAGGUUCUCGUCCUCGUGGUCAGAUCUUUGGAUAUAGAAUGUCUCUAUGGGCAGAGCAUCUAGGGUUUUUAGAGCAAGGUUUCGAAGAGCCAGAGAACAUGGAAUGUGUGAGACGAGUUAGGCAAUUGAGUGAGCUCAACUGGAGACAGUAUGCAGCAGAUGAGGUCACAGAGAUGCAAGGUCAUCUUCUUAAGUAUCCAGUACAAGUUGAUAGAACAGGCAAAGUGAGUUCUCUUCCUGGAUGUGAGACAUUCCCUGAUCUUGGUGGCAAGAUCAUAGGCUCGUUUCUUGCUCUACAAGAAAAUCUCACCAUCUGA